GUUUGUUUACACAUUCCGCUGCAAUCGGUUCGCAGCCUAUCAGCACACACACUGAAAAGCAAAACAGUGCCAUCAUAGAAGUGUGAUAAAAAGCGUUUUAUUUUCAUGUAAUCUAAUGUAACAUUCAUUCCCCAGUGCCAAAAUACUCAAACAACCAAGUGCCAAGUGUUUCACGUGCGUGCCCGCGACAGUUCUGCAUGGGCUCCCGUACCCUUUGUGCCGUGUGCCCGUUGCUGUCCACUUGUUGCUUCGUGCGAUGAGAAAGUUUCAACGGUUUCUCGCUUCCGUGGUAGCUUUGGCCGUGCUGUAUGGCGUGUAUCGAUACUCCUUCCGCAAGGACAGUGAAGGGAACUAUCUGUUUCUGCUGCCCGGGGAGGGUGGAAGGUCAGCGAGCGACAGCGAACAGCAGUCGUCAGCAGUCGUGAGCAGUGAGCGGGAGUGGUCGUCCGUAGAUCCUUCCCGGUUGGCCAACUUGACCGGAUUCGAGUAUGUAAUAGCGAACGAUAUCUGCAAGGAGAACGGCAGCUUUUCGGAACUACUGGGAGUGAUUCUGGUCACCUCGUACGUCGGUCACGAUGAGAUCCGCGCUGCCCAUCGACAAGCCAUAUCGCAGCAGAAGCUGCUCUCGAUGGGGCUUUUGCGUAUAUUUUCCCUCGCCUCGAUUCCACCAACCGAGCGGUUCAUCACGCAGGCCGCCAUCGAAGCCGAACAGCGCCUGCACGGCGAUCUGAUUCAGGGCAACUUCGUCGAGGCGUAUCGUAAUCUCACCUACAAGCACCUGAUGAGCUUGCAGUGGGCAACGCAACACUGCCGCGGUGCCAAGUAUCUGCUCAAGAUGGACGACGAUAUCGUGUACGAUCCGUUCUACAUCCAGAACUAUCUGUCCGAUCUGCACCAGAGCGACGAUGCGCGAACCCACCACCACCACCUGCUGGCCGGGUACGUGUUUCGCAGCAAAAAGGUCAUCCGUUUGCAGGCGAACAAGUGGUACGUGUCGCGGGACGAGUUCCCGGGCGACAUUUACCCCCCGUACCUGUCCGGGUGGCUUUACAUCACGAACCAGCGGACGGCCCGGGCACUGGCGGCGGAGUCACAAUCGUCCGGUAGCAAUUUCUUCUGGAUCGACGAUACCUUCAUCACCGGCAUACUGGCACAGCGGCUGCAGAUACAACCGACGGCCCUGAACCGCUGGUACAGCUCCAACUCCGAGUUUCUGGACUGCUGCAUCCGGGACAUGAAGCGAUACUCGUACCAGUGCGACUACUACGUCGGCCCGAACGGUGGCAAUGGGAAGCUGAUCAUGGAGUUCAUCCAGGAGCUGGAACGGUGCUACGACAAUGCGUGCUACCAGCGGCCACCGGGCAAAUCGCUCACCGCGACGUGCGUUGCCGAGUACAAGCAGCAGAUCCAACCCGACCACGGUACGGCCAUGAUCAGUCAGAUGAAGCUGAGAAAGUAGUAUGGUAAGCUAAGGGUACGGGAAUAGUUACCAAUCGAUAUAAGUAGCCCCCUCAAUCCACUAACAUGUGCCAACGAACGAAACAACGAACAACCUUUCCUCCCUUACCAUACUAUCAUUGCCAUUUUAGGGAGGAAAAAGACACAUUUUUUACACACAUCCGUCCUUAAAGCACGUGCACGAUCACACAAACGGUACUGCCAUUAAUUUUUAAUCCGUCUUACACUAAGAUAGAGACAGAGGGGGAUGUAUUAGUAUUAGUAGUGCAAAACUUACAAGUAGAUUUAGUUAGCAAAAGCAUAUUAUUUUACAUGACCGAGAACCAUUCCCUCACAAAACUUACGAGACCGAUCUUUAGAACCGAUCUGUGAUACAAAUUGCUGCACAAAACACACAUACACACACAUUACCGGACCGGAAUCUCAGCCCCAAAAAAAACGCGGUGCAAUAUAGGUAAUU